CGCUCCGCUCGCAACUCACGAAAACAACUGCAAGCACAGAUUGUAUGCUUCGGUCGCCGCUUUCGCAUCCAUCGCUCACCGCCAUCGCCGCCGUCAACACAGGUCUCCCGUCUCUCUCGACAACAACGAGACCGCUGCGCUCUUUGAUCCAUCUGGACGAUGAAGCUCGUCGGAAAAAGCCUCGCCCGCGACGGGCCCGGCUCCGUGAAGCUAUUGCCGGAGGUGGAUGACGACCUGUGGGACGCCUACAACCUCAUCGCCGCCGGCGACGCCGUCGAGGCCGUCACGGUCCGGAAGAUCAGGAGGUCCGGAGGCCGCGACGCGGAGCGCAUCAAGCUGACGCUGGAGGUCGCGGUGGAGUCCACGGACUACGACAAGGACGGCUCCGUCCUGCGCGUCCGCGGCAAGAACCUCACCAAGAACGAGCACGUCCAGAUCGGCCAGUACCAUACCUUGGAGAUCGAGCUGCGGAGGCCCUUCGUCCUCCGCAAGGAGGCCUGGGACUGGCCGGCGCUCGACACCAUCCGCAAAUCCUGCGACGAGACCGCCGCCAACGCCGACCUCGCCGUGCUCCUCAUGCAGGAAGGCCUCGCCCACCUCUUCCUCGUCGGGAGGAGCGUCACGGCCACCAGAGCGCGCGUGGAGGUGCCCAUCCCCAGGAAGCACGGCUCCAGCUCCGGCGCCGUCGCCGCCUACGACACCGCCCUCAAGGACUUCUUCCAGCGCGUCCUGGCCGCCUUCGUGCACCACGUCGACUUCGACCUCGUCCAGUGCGUGGUGAUCGCCAGCCCCGGCUUCACCAAGGACCAGUUCCGCGACCACAUGCUCCUCGAGGCCGCGCGGCGAGGGGAGCUGCGCGCGAUCACCGAGCACAAGGCCCGCAUCUUGCUCGCGCCCGCGCCCUCGGGCUACCCGCACAGCCUCAAGGACGUCCUCGCCGCCCCGAGCGUCAUAUCGCUGAUCAAGGACACGAGGGCCGCGCUGGAGGUGCCGGCGCUGCAGGAGUUCUAUGCCAUGAUCGCCAAGGACUCGGCGAGGGCUUGCUACGGGCCCAAGCACGUCGAGGUUGCGCAUGAACGUCUCGCCAUCCAGACACUCCUGCUCACGGACACUUGGUUCCGCAACCCUGACGUUGUUGCUAGGCGCAAGUGCGUCGAUUCGGCCGAAUCGGUGAAGAAGAUCGGUGGCAAGGUGUGCGUCUUUUCGUCCAUGCAUGUCUCCGGCGAUCAGCUCGAGCAGCUCACGGGGAUAGCAGCGGUUCUUCAUUUUCCCAUGCCUGAUCUCGACGACAUCGAGAUGUGAUUUAUUGCUCUGCUUAUUUUUCUUCUACUACUACUAGGGUGUACACUCUCUGUUUUACUUUUACUUGGAACUAUAAUAUCGUUUUAGACGUCCCGAAUACACAAUUCUGAUCACUUAUUUCUAUUAUAUGCCACAUUUAUUUAUGUAAGCAGGCAAAGUUUAUAUACAUUGUGGAGCUGAUUUUUCA